UUUGGCUGACGCUCUUAUCCAGGGCGACUAACAAAAAGCUUUGAAGUUUCCGUCAUUGGAUACUUACACUGGGUUACUAGAUUACUAAAUGCCAUCAGUCAUUGUUCAUACAGUAUAUAGUUCAACAUUGUGCUUCUCUAUUUUUUUAAUAGCCUCCUUCUCCCAGCUACAAGUGUGUGGUAAACCUCCACUGAACACCAAGAUUGUUGGAGGUGAAAAUGCCGCUCCCGGGUCCUGGCCUUGGCAGGUCAGCAUUCAGAGAGGAGGCAGCCAUUUCUGUGGUGGCAGCCUGAUCAAUGAAAACUGGGUCUUAUCAGCUGCUCACUGUUUCCAACGCAUUGGUGCAGCAUCUAUCACAUUGUUACUAGGAAUGGAAAGUCUUCAGGGGACAAACCCUAAUAAACAACAAAAAGGUGCUAGAAACAUUAUUGUCAACCAAAACUAUAACCCUAGCACCAGUGACAAUGAUCUUGCACUAGUCCAUCUCUCCUCUUCUGUGACAUUCAACAACUAUGUAUUGCCGGUGUGCCUUGCAGCAACCAACAGUUCUUUUCCAGGUGGUACUAAUGCCUGGGUCACAGGAUUUGGUAGAAUUGGUUCAAAUGUGAAUCUGCCGUCCCCUCAAACCCUGCAGGAGGUGAAGGUGCCAAUUGUCAGUAACAGUGACUGUGCAAAACCAUAUCCAGUUGGUACUAUAACAAACAAUAUGAUGUGUGCUGGUUUAGCUCAGGGAGGAAAAGAUUCAUGCCAGGGUGAUUCUGGAGGUCCACUGGUCAUCAACAUCAACAGAUCUUGGGUUCAGGCUGGGAUCGUGAGCUUUGGCUAUGGCUGUGCUUUACCUAAAUAUCCCGGUGUGUACACCAGGGUGUCUCAGUACCAUGACUGGAUUAACAGCAGUAUCAGCAGCAGUCAACCUGUAUUUGUAGCAUCAAGCAUCAGUCUUGGCUCCCCCCACCUCUUUUGCUUGUUCUUUUUUUUCCCCUUCUUAUUCUAACUCCCAUAUUUUGGUGAUAGUCAAAUUAACCA